CAUAUAUGGAAGUUCAAACUGAUCAAAUUCUUACUUCUUUCCUUGAAUUUACUCUCUUACAAUUCUAUAUAUCUAUAUAUAUAUAUAUCUAUAUAUAUAUAUCCAGAAACAAACAUGGUGGUGCCUUCUCCGACCCCAAAAAGAACGAAGAAAACAAAGGCGGUGGGGAUACCAACCAUUGAUCUUUCUCUCACGAAUAGGUCAAUGCUAUCAGAGCUACUGGUGAGAGCCUGCGAAGAAUUUGGUUUCUUCAGAGUGGUUAACCAUGGGGUGUCGAAGGAGAUAGUGACGAGGAUGGAGGAGGAAGGGGAGGAGUUUUUCUCCAAACCGGCGACGGAGAAGCAGCGAGCCGGGCCGGCUAGUCCUUUUGGUUACGGGUGCAAAACCAUAGGCCGCAAUGGCGAUAUGGGUGAGCUUGAAUACCUUCUUCUUCACACAAACCCUGUCUCUAUUUCUGAAAGAUCCAUGGCUGUCUCCAAUGACCCUACGAAAUUCAGUGAUAGCGUAAAUAAUUACGUACAAGCAGUCAAGGAACUAGCAUGUGAGAUUCUUGAUCUAGUGGCUGAAGGACUGUGGGUCCGCGACAAGUGCGCCUUCAGUAGGCUCAUCGGAGACGUCAAUAGUGACUCAGUUCUGAGGCUCAAUCACUACCCUCCGGUGAAUGAUAUCAAUGAUUGGGAUCCAUCAUCAAAACAUUAUCAGUGUAAAAACAAUCGGAUAGGAUUUGGGGAACAUUCUGACCCUCAGAUCUUGACCAUCUUGCGAUCCAACGACGUCGGGGGCCUUCAAAUAUCUUUGAAGGAUGGGUUGUGGGUCCCAGUCCCUCCUGACCCCCGUGAAUUCUGUGUUUUCGUUGGUGAUGCCCUACAGGCUUUGACGAAUGGGAGGUUUAUGAGCGUGAGACACAGGGCAAUAUUGAUGAACUCAGUAAAGCCAAGAUUGUCGACGAUGUACUUUGGGGCUCCGUCCCUUAACGCAUGGAUCUUUCCGCUGCCGGAGCUGGUGUCGCCGCAAAAACCAAGCCUCUAUAAGCCAUUCACUUGGGAUGAAUACAAGAAAGCUGCAUACUCCCUCCGAUUGGGAGAUUCCCGUCUCGACCUCUUCAAGAUCCAUGCUGCUCAUGAUCAUAAAACUCAAUGAAAUGAAUUAUGUAAAAUCUUGUACCAUGGAUAGGACACAGAGAAAUAGGAGGAAAAAGGAAUUGUUUGGGUGUAUAUAGGCCCCUUUUGAAGUUGAAGAGCAAUCAUAACUAGCUACUUCUAUAGGGACGGAGUCAGAAGCUAUUUUGGACAAGGGUCAAGAGCUAAAAAAAUUUGUUAGUGGGGGCGAGAGGCUAAAUUUUUUGUUUUUACCUUGUAAUUUUUUUUUUUAUCUUUUUUUCUUUCUUUUUUGGAGUUGAGGGGGCCAUGGCCUAUGCUGGCCCCCCUAAAUCCAUCCCUGGCUACUUCAAUAUGUGGGGAAAUUUUUUGCUUCAAUCACCUUUCCUAUUAUUUAUUCUAGAGUAAAUAUUAUUUACCUCCUUGCA